AUGGGUCCAGAGGCCGACCGGAAACAUGUCACCUGAGGGCGGUGCGCAGGUGGGUGGAGAACACCGAAGAAGGUAAACGCGGAAGUAAAGACAAAUUCCACAAGAACGAUAGAUCAGCUGCUGGACGAACAACAAUAACAAUUUCAUCAUGGCCCUGUGUGAAGGCCUCUCCCACUGUAAACUGGCUCUGGCCUUUGCUGUGUUGAUGGAUUUAGUGGGAGGAGCUGCUCUGCUGGUGGGAGUUUUCGCCCCCCUGGAGAUCAAAGGACAGGACUUUGGAGACUUACUGGUCUAUACUGGGGCUCUGUUUGUGCUGAUGUCACUGGCUGGAUGGGUGUUGUGGUACAGCGGAAACAUCGAGGGCCUGACGACCAAGAACGAGCUGGGACACAUCGGCAGCGCCGUCGACCGGCUGGCUCGUAACCUCAGCCGCAAGAUCCGCACAUACAGGAGCCAGCACUGAGCGGCGAGGAAAAGUCUGGUGAUGCCUGUGUUGUCAGUAUUAGUAUGAGAAACAGACACUGAAUUAAACUCUAAUUACUAAUAACUGGAAGUGUUACAAGCAUGUCAGAAACAUUUCAGAUGUGCACCUGUUGUUCUGUUACAUAGUCAUGCUAUUGAUGUUUUAUUAUGAUUAGUAGUAUUUUUUAUGUUUUAUAGUGUUUAGAUGAGGUUUAGAUAGUGGUCCCAUGUUGGAUUUCAAUAAAAGCCUUUUUAUACAUUAUAUGUCUGUUUUUAUUACAUUUUCAACAAUAAAAGCUUAAUUCUCUAUUCACAA